CGGCGCGGGGCCCGGCAUAAAAAGGCCCGGCCGGAGCCACUGCCGCCCGAGCCGCCCGAGCCCGGAGCCAGCGCGCCCGCACCAUGGCCGGCCCCGGCGUCGCCUGCUGCCUGCUCGCGCUCCUGGCGCUGGCCUCCGCCUGCUACAUCCAGAACUGCCCCUUGGGCGGCAAGAGGGCGGCGCGGGACCUCGACGUGCGCCAGUGCCUCCCCUGCGGCCCCGGGGGCAAAGGGCGCUGCUUCGGGCCCAGCAUCUGCUGCGCCGACGAGCUGGGCUGCUUCGUGGGCACGGCCGAGGCGCUGCGCUGCCAGGAGGAGACCUACCUGCCGUCGCCCUGCCAGUCGGGCCAGAGGCCGUGCGGGAGCGGGGGCCGCUGCGCCGCGGCCGGCAUCUGCUGCAGCCCGGACGGUUGCCGCACCCAUCCCGCCUGCGACCCCGAGGUCUCAUUUUCCCAGCGCUGAGCCGGAUCAGCUCCGGACACUGUCGGAGCUCACCCCUCGCUCUCCAUAUCCACCCCCAGAAAUAAUGAAAACGAAAUAAAGCAG